AUGACCAACGUCACCGCCGAUCUCCGCCGUUACUUCUUUGUUCUUCUUCUUCUUCUUAGUUACCAAUCGCUUGCUCUCAACACCGACGGUAUUCUUCUCCUAUCUUUCCGUUACUCAAUCGUCGACGAUCCUCUCUCCGUGUUACGGAGCUGGAGUUUCCAAGAUGAGACUCCUUGCUCUUGGCGUGGAGUCACCUGCGACGAGUCUUCCCAGCGCGUGACUGUUCUUUCACUUCCAAGCUCGAAUCUUUCCGGUACUCUUCCUUCAAAUUUGGGCUCUCUCGUUUCGCUUCAAAGACUUGAUCUCUCCAACAACUCGAUCAAUGGGUCUUUCCCGGUUUCGAUUCUCAACGCGACGGAGCUCCGAUUUCUUGAUUUGUCCAGUAAUUACAUCUCCGGGAAGUUACCGGCGAGUUUUGGCGCGUUUUCCAAGCUCAAAAUGUUGAAUCUCUCAAACAAUGCUUUCGUCGGCAAUUUACCGAUGACCUUAGGCUGGUAUCGAAACCUAACGGAGAUUUCACUGAGGAAGAACUAUUUCUCCGGCGAGAUUCCGGGGGUUUUUAAGUGGACGGAGUAUCUCGAUCUGUCGUCGAAUCUGCUCAAAGGUUCGUUGCCGUUACAUUUCGGAGGCAGUCGGUUACGCUAUUUCAACGCCUCGUACAACAGAAUCUCCGGCGAGAUUCCGUCAGGUUUCGCCGACGAAAUCCCGGAAAACGCCACCGUCGAUCUCUCGUUCAACCAACUCACGGGUCAAAUCCCGGGUUACCGGGUUCUAGAUAACCAAGAAUCCAACUAUUUCUCGGGUAACCCGGGUCUAUGCGGAUCCGACCCGGCAAAACACCCUUGCCGUGACCGUGAAGUAACCUCUCCGCCUCCAACGCCAACGCCAAAUUCCCCUCCAGCCUUAGCCGCAAUACCCAAUACCAUCGGCUUUACCAAAUACAGCUCCAAACCCGGUUCGAAAACCAAAUCGGGUCUUAAACCGUUGAUUAUCAUAGGCAUCGUUGUCGGUGACAUCGCCGGUUUAGCGAUCCUCGGGAUUGUGGUUUUCUACAUUUACCAGUCCAGGAAACGGAAGCCCGUAACGGCCACGUCAAAAUGGUCCACGUCAUCAACGGAAUCCAAGAUCUUAUCACGAUGGUACUGUUUACGUAAAACCGUUAACGUUGACGGCGACUGUGAAGACGAGGAGGAAUCCGAGACAUCGGAAUCCGAAUCCGACGAAGAGAAUCCGGUCGGCCAAAACCGACGGUCUGGUUUAGAUGAUCAGGAUAAGAAAGGGACGUUGGUGAAUCUCGAUUCGGAGAAAGAGCUUGAAAUGGAGACGCUUCUCAAAGCUUCGGCUUACAUUUUGGGAGCCACCGGUUCGAGCAUAAUGUACAAAGCGGUGCUCCAAGACAGUACGGCUGUGGCGGUUCGACGUAUCGCUGAAUGCGGUUUAGACCGGUUUAGAGAUUUCGAGACUCAGGUUCGAGCCGUGGCUAAGCUGGUACAUCCGAACCUGGUUCGUAUCCGAGGCUUCUAUUGGGGAUCCGACGAGAAGCUUGUGAUUUACGAUUUUGUCCCUAACGGCAGCCUCGCUAACGCCCGUUACAGGAAAGUGGGUUCCUCUCCUUGUCAUUUACCUUGGGAAGCUCGGCUCAAGAUAGCAAAAGGGAUAGCUCGUGGGCUAACAUACUUGCACGACAAGAAGCACGUGCACGGUAACCUUAAGCCAAGCAAUAUCCUUUUGGGCUUAGACAUGGAGCCCAAAGUUGCGGAUUUUGGACUCGAGAAGCUUUUGAUUGGCGACAUGAGCUACAGAACCGGUGGUUCGGCUCCGAUAUUUGGAAGCAAGAGAUCAACAACGUCUCUUGAGUUUGGUCCGAGUCCAAGUCCAAGUCCAAGCUCAGUGGGGUUACCGUACAAUGCUCCGGAAUCUCUCCGAAGCAUAAAACCAAAUCCAAAGUGGGACGUGUACUCGUUCGGAGUUAUUCUGCUUGAGUUAUUAACAGGAAAGAUCGUGGUUGUUGAUGAGGUUGGUCAGGUUAAUGGGCUUGUGAUCGAUGACGGUGACCGGGCGAUGCGGAUGGCGGACGCGGUUAUAAGGGCUGAGCUAGAAGGCAAAGAAGAAGCUGUGUUGGCUUGUUUGAAAAUGGGCCUAGCUUGUGCUUCUCCAAUAUCACAGAGAAGGCCCAAUAUCAAAGAUGCCUUGCAAGUUCUUGAGAGAUUCCCGAUUCUUUUUAGUCAACAGUAA